GGUUUCUCCCACAAUGCAACGUUGUCAGGGACUCCAUUUUCACUUGUUUUGAUGAAGAGGUAACAAAAACCACGUUUUUAAGAUGACUGACACUGCUGUUGAGGACACGACCACUAGUAAUACAUAUAUCAUACGACCGAACUUCCAGCACAAGUUUAGACCAGUGAUUGUGAAAGAAACCAUACAUAAUGUACUGAAUGAGCACCUCAGUGGGAAAAGUUAUGAUUCAGAGGAAACCACAGAGUGGACACGACAGAUAUCAGAUGAUAUCAAACUAAAGUUAAAAGAUCUUGGAUAUGACAGAUAUAAGUUUGUUGUUCAAGUGGUUAUUGGAGAGCAGAGGGGAGAGGGGGUCAAAAUGGGAUGUAGAUGCUUCUGGGACUCAGAUACAGACAGCUAUGCUCAGGAUAUAUUUAUGAAUGAUUCUAUAUUUUGCGUGGCAGCAGCAUUUGGAUGUUUCUACUACUGAACUGUGUGAUAAAGAAACUAACAGACUUUUUCAAUAAUGAUGUUGUGACUGUGGAUUAUAGCAUGAACAAGAAAUAUUUAUAGUUUAUACAUUACUAUUGUAUUUAAAUGUAUAAUAUUGUGAGAAAAGGUGUUUAAAACACUGAAUUCUGACACCUUCUUCGGUGUUUAGUGAUGUUUAAUUAUUGGUUUCUGUUAAAUAAGGGAAAUUUAUGAUUCUACAAUGUCAUGACACUGUUUACACAAUCCAUAAAUUUACAUUGUUUAUUGAUGAAUUAUUAAAUAUGUAAAUUAUUAA